CUAGGCCUUAAUGAGCACCACCAGAAUGAAGUGAUCAACUACAUGCGCUUUGCUCGUUUCAAGCGUGGCCUGUGUCUCAAAACAGUGGAUUCUUGUUUCCAGGACCUUAAGGACAGCAGACUUGUUGAGGAGACCUUCACAGUUGAUGAGGUGAUAGACAUGCUGGAUGGACUGCGGACUGUUGUACACAGUGAAGUGGAGUCAGAGCUCAUAAAUACAACUUACACCAAUGUUUUACUUCUGCGGCAGCUCUUUUCGCAGGCUGAGAAAUGGUACCUUAAGCUACAGACAGACAUCUCUGAAUUGGAGAAUCGAGAAUUGUUGGAACAGGUUGCUGAGUUUGAAAAGUCAGAAUUUACAUCUUCAAACAAGAAGCCCAAUGCAGAUCUCAUUAAACCAAAACUGGCUCCAUUAAAUGAAGGUGGGUCAGAGCUGCUUAACAAGACAGUUGCUUGUCUCCAAGAAGAAAAUGAAAAAUUGAAGAUCAGACUCAGGACCAUAGAAACACAGGCUACAGCUGCGCUAGAUGAAAAGUCCAAACUAGAGAAGUCACUGAAGGAUUUACAGAUGAUCCAAGGAGAUCAAAAGACUAAUGCAAACCAGGAUAUCACUGAACUGGAGAACAAAGUGGCAGCUUUGAAAUGCCAGUUUGAGAAGACUUUGAAUGACUCUACUGCAAACCAAAAAUUCUUGGAAGAGAACUUGGUAACAACAAAACAUGAUUUGCUUAAGGUUCGGGAUCAGCUAUCCACAGCUGAAAAGGAAUUAGAGAAGAAAUUUCAGCAAACAGCUGCCUAUCGCAACAUGAAAGAGAUUCUCACUAAGAAGAAUGAACAGAUAAAGGAUCUACGUAAAAAACUUUCCAAAUAUGAGCCAGAGGACUAA